UUUUACACUCUUUCUUUCUUAUAGUUCUUGGGCAGGGUUUAUUUUUCUGUGUAAGGGUUUUAGGCACCUAACGAAGUACCAGCCUUUCUCUUCUCUUAUCGAAGAAUCCCAAAGGCAGAGCAGAGAAUCUGCAGAAACAGCAACAAUGAAGGUCAAAGUAAUCUCUCGCUCCACCGAAGACUUUACUCGAGAACGAAGUGGAGAUUUACAGAGGGUGUUCCGUAAUUACGACCCCAACAUCCGGACCCAAGAGAAAGCCGUCGAGUAUGUCAGGGCUCUAAACGCUGCCAAAUUGGAGAAGAUUUUUGCAAGGCCGUUUAUUGGAGCUAUGGAUGGGCAUGUAGAUGCUGUUUCCUGCAUGGCAAAGAAUCCGAACCACUUAAAAGGAAUAUUUUCGGGUUCAAUGGAUGGAGAUAUUCGUCUAUGGGACAUAGCUUCCAGGAAGACAGUUUGUCAAUUUCCUGGUCACCGAGGUGCUGUCCGAGGUCUAGCAGCAUCUACAGAUGGACGCAUCCUUGUUUCUUGUGGAACUGAUUGCAUUGUAAGGCUCUGGAAUGUACCUGUUUCUUCCCUCACGGAAUCAUAUGAUUCAUCUGAUAAAUCUAUUGAGCCACUGGGGGAAUAUGUUUGGAAGAAUGCAUUUUGGGCUGUUGAUCACCAGUGGGAUGGUGAUCGUUUUGCCACAGCUGGAGCUGGAGUGCAUAUAUGGAAUCAUAAUAAGUCUGCUCCAGAAAGGAGUUUUGAAUGGGGAACAGACACAGUUAUCUCUGUACGGUUCAAUCCUGGAGAGCCAAAUGUCUUGGCCACAACAGCAACCGACCGCAGCAUAACCCUGUAUGAUUUGCGAAUGUCAUCAGAAGUAACAAAGCUUAUAAUGAGGACAAGAAACAAUUCCAUUUCGUGGAACCCGAUGGAGCCUAUAAACUUCACUGCUGCUAAUGAGGACUGCAACUGCUAUAGUUAUGAUGCUAGAAAGAUGGAUGAAGCUAAGUGUGUGCAUAAGGAUCAUGUUUCUGCAGUGAUGGAUAUUGAUUAUUCACCAACUGGUCGUGAAUUUGUGACUGGGUCUUAUGAUAGAACUGUAAGAAUUUUCCAGUAUAAUGGAGGUCAUAGCCGAGAAAUUUAUCAUACAAAGAGAAUGCAAAGGGUAUUUUGUGUCAAGUUCAGCUGUGAUGCAAGCUAUGUUAUUUCUGGGAGCGACGACACUAACCUUAGACUUUGGAAGGCCAAAGCAUCAGAACAAUUGGGAGUUCUUCUUCCAAGAGAACAGAAGAGACAUGAGUAUCAUGAAGCUGUUAAGAAUCGGUACAAGCACCUUCCUGAAGUCAAGCGCAUUGUCAGGCAUAGGCAUCUACCAAAACCAAUAUUCAAGGCAGCUGCUCUCAGACGAACCAUGACUGAAGCUCAGAGAAGAAAAGAAGAAAGGAGGAAAAAACACAGCGCCCCAGGUAGUACUACUACUGAGCCACUACGUAAAAGGAGAAUCCUAAAAGUAGUUGAGUGAGUUAUAGACAGAUUCUUUUUGGGGAAGGGUUGUGUGUUUUGUUUUCGUUAACCACAAUUAUGUAUUUCUAAUUUUUAUCGAUAGUUCAACGGAAAUAGGCAUCAAAGGUUUAAUUUUUA